GGAACCAGCAGGAGGAAACAUGGGGGAUACUGGCCUGAGAAAGCGGAGAGAGGAUGAGAAGUCGAUGCAGAGCCAAGAGCCUAAGACCACCAAUCUCCAAAAGGAGCUGGGCCUCAUCAGUGGCAUCUCCAUCAUCGUGGGCACCAUCAUUGGCUCUGGGAUCUUCGUUUCCCCCAAGUCUGUGCUCAGCAACACGGAAGCUGUGGGGCCCUGCCUCAUCAUAUGGGCGGCUUGCGGGGUCCUCGCGACGCUGGGCGCCCUGUGCUUUGCGGAGCUUGGCACAAUGAUCACCAAGUCAGGUGGUGAGUAUCCUUACCUGAUGGAGGCCUACGGGCCCAUCCCCGCCUACCUCUUCUCCUGGGCCAGCCUGAUCGUCAUCAAGCCCUCAUCCUUCGCCAUCAUCUGCCUCAGCUUCUCCGAGUAUGUGUGCGCGCCCUUCUAUGCGGGCUGCAAGCCUCCUCAAAUCGUUGUGAAAUGCCUGGCCGCCGCCGCCAUCUUGUUCAUCUCGACGGUGAACUCACUGAGCGUGCGGCUGGGAAGCUACGUCCAGAACUUCUUCACUGCAGCCAAGCUGGUGAUCGUGGCCAUCAUCAUCAUCAGUGGGCUCGUGCUCCUGGCCCAAGGAAACACAAAGAAUUUUGAUAAUUCUUUCGAGGGCGCCCAGCUGUCUGUGGGAGCCAUCAGCCUGGCGUUUUACAAUGGACUCUGGGCCUAUGAUGGAUGGAAUCAACUCAAUUACAUCACAGAAGAACUUAGAAACCCUUACAGAAACCUGCCUUUGGCCAUUAUCAUUGGGAUCCCCCUGGUGACGGCAUGCUACAUCCUCAUGAACGUGUCCUACUUCACCGUGAUGACUGCCACCGAACUCCUGCAGUCCCAGGCCGUGGCUGUGACAUUUGGUGACCGUGUUCUCUAUCCUGCUUCUUGGAUCGUUCCACUUUUUGUGGCAUUUUCAACCAUCGGUGCUGCUAACGGGACCUGCUUCACAGCGGGCAGACUCAUUUACGUGGCGGGCCGGGAGGGCCACAUGCUCAAAGUGCUUUCUUACAUCAGCGUCAGGCGCCUCACUCCAGCCCCCGCCAUCAUCUUUUAUGGUAUCAUAGCAACGAUUUAUAUCAUCCCUGGUGACAUAAACUCGUUAGUCAAUUAUUUCAGCUUUGCCGCAUGGCUGUUUUAUGGCCUGACGAUUCUAGGACUCAUCGUGAUGAGAUUUACAAGGAAAGAGCUGGAAAGGCCUAUCAAGGUGCCCAUAGUCAUUCCCGUCUUGGUGACACUCAUCUCUGUGUUUUUGGUUCUGGCUCCAAUCAUCAGCAAGCCCGCAUGGGAGUACCUCUACUGUAUGCUGUUUAUAUUAAGCGGCGUUUUAUUUUACUUCCUGUUUGUCCACUACAAGUUUGGAUGGGCUCAGAAAAUCUCAAAGCCGAUUACCAUGCACCUUCAGAUGCUAAUGGAAGUGGUCCCACCAGAGGAAGACCCUGAGUAACAAGCUCCAUCUUUUGUAGCCAAGUCAAAGCUGAAUUUAUUUUCUUAAGCAAUAUUUGUGGUUAUUUCAUUUCUUCCUUUUUUUCUUAUGAAUAAAAUAUACUCAGAUGUUUAAAAUAUUGUUAUUUUUUAGAUAUUCUUAGUUCUCUGAGUGGGGGUUCUAGAAAGGGGAAGUGGCAAGUGUUUGCUAAAGUUGUUGUCAGGUGCGAUGAUGUCACCUAACAGAAGGCAGAUGCUUAGGGAAGGGCUGAAUAAAAGCCACCAUUACAGUGGCAGCUAUUUAACAAAGGGCACAUCACACUUGAAUGAAGGGUGUUCUUUAAACUCAAUGUCAAUAAGGUCUCUUCUUUUAUAUAAAAUGGAUGACAUUUUUGCUUUGAUUGAUGAUAUAGAUUUAAACAACAGUAAAUUACUGGCCAGGUGUGGUGGCUCACGCCUAUAAUCUCAGCACUUUGGGAGGCCAAGGCAGAUAGAUCGCUUGAGUCCAGGAGUUCAAGACCAGCCUGGGCAACAUGGCAAAAUGAUGUCUCUACAAAAAAACAUAAAAAAAUUAGCCAGGCAUGGUGUUGCACACCUGUAGCCCCAGCUACUCAAGAGGCUGAGGUGGGAGAAUCACCUGAGCCCGGAGUCGAGGGUGUAGUGAGCCAUCAUCAUGCCACUGCACUCCAGCCUGGAUGACAGAGAUCCCAACUCAAAAAGUAAAUAAAUAUACAAAAAUAUUAAAGUACAAAUGUUUCUCUCCCACUCUCCCCUACCCUAAAAGUACUGGCGCCCUGUGCUGAACCUCUGAUGUGCGUGGCAUGUAUCUGCCAGGAUGAAUGGCCAGAGCUGAGCCUCCAUCCAGAACCCUCCACAGCUGGUGUGCUCAUCAUGAGGGUCGCCUGCAUUGCCGGUCAGCAUUGCUGGCUCCCUAGCAGCCUUCACGGGCGUUUUAGUCAAACCAGAAAGUGUGGUGAGUAAAGUUUUAUUCUGUGUUUGGCAUUCAGGGAAAGUACUGUUUAACAAAUGUAAAAAGCAACAUUUCUGUGAAAACAGUGAAAUUUUAUUGAUGAUACACUGUGGAAGACAUCCACACCGCAACUAAGUAUGAGCGAUUUUAGAAGCAUAGAGACAAAGGCACUUUCACCUUGCAUUUUAGAUAUUUGCCCAAAACUUGAAAUCAGACAUAUGCACAGCAGUACAGAAAACCAAUGACUAAUUGUUCACAUAAUCAGCAUCCUAUAUCCUACAAAAUGUUAGAGAUUCAGAUAUUAGAACAUUUGAAUGUCUGAAAAAAGAAACAGAUCUAAGCAUGCAGUUGUCCUCCCUGCAUUUUCACGCGUGCACAGGAAACACAUUGUCACUAGCUAUUAUCAUUUGCUAUGUUGUAUGAAAGAGACUCGGCGCACCUGGGUGUAAACAGCAGGCAGCUGGUGCGCAUGGGGAGCCACUGGACGGCGGCCUGGUCUCUGCCCCCAGAGCUCUACCAACAGGGCAGCAGCCACAUGCAGAGAAACGGACACUGAUAUGGGUGUUAGAAGAGCUCCACAGUCAAAAC